AUGCGGAUUCAUCUCCCCGAGUAUAGUCUAAGCCAAUUUCUCCAUACGGCGCUCCAUAACCAUCGCCUCUUUGCUUCGGGCCUAUUAUCGCGCUCGGAGUCCCCAAUAUACGUCAUCGGUAAUCCCUCCGCCGACCUCGACUCGAUCGUCUCUGCCCUUGUAUACUCUUAUUUCGCGAAUAAACGUGUGCCGCACGACAGGCCCCGACAGCAUGUCCCAGUUAUCAAUCUCGACAAUGUCUCUGCUGGCGCUGAGCUGCGCAGGUUGCGACCUGAACUUUUCAAAGCGCUUGAACUAUCCCAGCGAGAUGCGGGGAAGAACUUGGAGGAUGGUUUUCUGACGGUGGCUGAUUUUAUAACUCAUCUGAAAACGGGCGACACUAGUCGUCAGCUUGAAGCUGACUCGGUUCUGGUAGACUGGAACGCAUUGCCUAUACGCUCUACGGACGCGGGGAGAGGGUCGCUACCCGGGCUGGACGUUGAGUUCAACGUUAUAGGCUGCAUUGACCAUCAUGUAGAUGAGGGAUUCCUUCCCCCUAUUGCCGAUACGCAACCGAAUCUUGUCAUGCCCACCGGGUCAUGUACAUCGCUCGUCAUUUCUGAGCUGGAGAAAAUGGAACUCUGGCAGAAGUCAGAUGCAGUUUCCGCACGCGAAGAGGAAGUAGCUAAGCUUGCUUUGAGUCCAAUUCUCAUCGAUACAGCCAAUCUCACGUCAAAGGAUAAGGUCACCAAGUUUGAUACCUUGGCGUACGGUUACCUUCUUCCCAAAGCAAGGACUACUGAAGCUUCUUGGGAUGCCGACAAGUUCUACUCCGAUGUCCACAAAACAAAGCAAAACAGCCUGGAGCUGCUCACCGUAGACGAAAUACUCGGCCGAGACUAUAAAGAAUGGGCUGAGAAUCCUACUCGACAAACAGACCAGCCCCCACUGAAAAUUGGCAUUUGCUCUAUGGUCAAGUCCUUACCUUGGGUAGUUCAAAAAGCGGGCGACCCACAAGCCUUCCUCGACUGUUUGGAAGCGUUUGCCGUGGAACACAAGUUGGAUGUUGUCGCUGUCAUGACCGCCUUCAGCGCCUCGACCGACGGCCAGUUCUCUCGGGAGCUACUUGUUUAUGGACGUAACAGUCGCGGCGUGGAUUCACUCCAAACCUUUGUCUCUGAUGCAAGCUCAGAGCUGGGAUUAGAGACAUGGUACUCUCUUGACGAGAAUGACCUUACGCAGGACAUAAAGGACGCACUGGUUGCUCGUGAUGAUGGUGCAUGGACGCGCCUCUGGGUACAAACGAACAUUGCGAAGAGCCGGAAACAGGUUGCCCCGCUGAUCAGAGGAGCAGCUGCUUCCCUCUGA